AUGAAUUAUAAUAAUAUUAGUAUCACAGAGAAGUUAAAUCAGCAAGAAAUUGACAUGGGAACUGCUGCUCAAAGUUCUUCAGAAAUCUAUACAAGUGAUAGUGAAAAGGGUUUUGCAAUUGAUGCUCACUCUUCUGGUUCAUCUGAAUUAGAUGCAGGAGCAAAGUUUGUUCUUGUAUCGCAUGGGUCUUGGUUACACUGUGGUUAUCAUUUGACAACAUCUAUUGUUGGACCUGUGAUUCUUACACUUCCAUUUACAUUCACUCUUCUGGGUUGGUUUGGAGGAAUGAUUUGGUUGAUUCUGGCAGGAGUUAUCACAUUCUAUUCGUAUAAUCUUUUAUCUCUUGUCUUAGAACAUCAUGCUCAGCUCGGUCGUCGCCAGCUUAGAUUUCGAGAUAUGGCUAGAGAUAUUUUAGGACCUAGAUGGGCAAGAUACUACAUAGGGCCUCUUCAAUUUAUCAUAUGCUUUGGGACAGUAAUUGGUGGUCCUCUUGUUGGAGGAAAGAGUCUCAAGUUCAUUUAUCAACUCUAUCAUCCAGAAGGAGCAAUGAAGCUUUACCAAUUUAUCAUUAUAUGUGGAGUUGUAACAAUGGUUUUGGCUCAACUUCCAUCUUUUCACUCUUUGAGACACAUUAAUCUGAUUUCUCUGAUUCUCUGUGUGACUUAUGCAACGUGCCUAACGGUCGGUUCGAUAUACGUCGGUCACUCGAAAGACGCGCCGCCGAGACAUUAUUCUAUAAAAGGCUCUCAUACAGAUAAACUCUUUGGUGUCUUCAAUGGCAUUUCAAUCAUAGCUACAACAUACGCUAGUGGAAUCAUUCCAGAAAUUCAGGCAACUUUGGCACCUCCUGUGAAAGGAAAAAUGUUCAAAGGACUAUGUGUUUGUUAUUCUGUUAUAUUAGCUACAUAUUUCAGUGUGGCUAUUUCUGGUUAUUGGGCAUUUGGAAAUGCAGCUGGUGCAACAGUUCUUGCCAACUACAUUGGGGAAACAAAACUAUUAUUACCAAAAUGGUUUUUCUUGAUGACGAAUAUACUCAUCCUUCUUCAAGUGUUCGGAUUAACUGCGGUAUAUUUGCAACCAACAAAUGAACUAUUUGAGACAAUUUUCGGAGAUCCGAAAAAAGGACAGUUUUCGAUGCGAAAUGUUGUGCCGAGGGUACUGUCUAGGUCAAUAUCAGUUGCAGCAGCCACAGUUUUCGCAGCUAUGUUGCCAUUCUUUCCGGAUAUAAUGGCAUUGUUUGGAGCAUUUGCAUUCAUUCCUCUUGAUUUCAUUUUGCCUAUGGUUUUUUUCAAUAUAACUUUCAAGCCUUCCAAACAAAGCUUAAUAUUUUGGGUGAAUACAUUGAUUGGAGGAGGAUCUUCAAUUUUAGUUGUGAUAGGAGGAAUAGCAUCAAUUAGACAAAUAGCUCUUGAUGCGAAAACAUAUAGUUUAUUUUCUGAUUCUUGA